AUGAGUGGUGAAUUGGAUUGUGGUUUGGACCUUAUGCGUCGCUUGCCACCGCAGGAUGUAGAAAAGAAUUUAAACGAUUUAAUUGAUCUCUGCCCGCGUUUGCUUGAUGACUUAUUAAGCGCAGUCGACCAACCAUUGAAAAUAGCCCGAGAUAAAGAUAGCGGAAAAGAGUACCUCUUAUGUGAUUACAAUCGAGAUGGCGACAGCUACAGGUCACCGUGGUCGAAUACUUAUGACCCACCUUUAGAAGAUGGUGCUAUGCCGUCGGAUAAAUUGCGUAAACUUGAGGUUGAGGUUAACGCUGCUUUUGAGGCGUAUCGUGAUGCGUAUUUUGAAGGCGGCGUUUCUUCGGUAUAUUUCUGGGAUCUAGAUCACGGUUUUGCUGGCGUUGUAUUAAUAAAGAAAGUCGGUGAUGGUUCUAAGAAUAUUCAGGGAUGCUGGGACUCUAUACAUGUUGUGGAGAUUCAGGAAAAGGCAGGAGGAAGGCACGCACAUUACAAACUGACAAGUACGGUUAUGCUGUGGUUACAAACGAGUAAGAAGGAAAGCGGCGUUAUGAAUCUCGGCGGUUCAAUGACUAGACAGGUUGAAGCAGACCAUCCCGUGAAUGAUUCUACAAAUACACAUUUGAUUAAUAUGGGCAAAAUGAUUGAGGAUAUGGAGAGCAAAAUCAGAUCAACGUUGAACGAAGUGUAUUUUGGGAAAACGAAACAAAUCGUUAGUGAACUUCGUUCAAUACUGGACUCCGAAGAAUUGAAAAGGCAGAGGAAACUUGCUUCGGAGAUCAAAGGAGGUAUAGCAAAAUGA